UAGCUCGUUGACCCAUUUAACGAAAGCGUCGCGUCAUCCCGGCUCGUGAGGGCAAGAACAAAGUUUUGCUGAACAAGGUUUCUGUUCAAACAAAAUGGUUUCAGUUGAAAUUUCGCCAGAGUAUGGCUACGUUAUUUUAGUAUUUGUUGCAACAAUUUUCCUGAACUUUUGGCUUGGAAUUAACGUUGGCAAAGCGAGGAAAAAACACGAAGUACCUCUUCCACAGAUGUACAGUGACAGAGACCAGAAGUUUAACUGCAUUCAAAGGGCACACCAGAACAUGUUAGAGAGUUAUCCCUAUGUACUGGUGUUACUGCUCCUGGGAGGCAUUAAACAGCCAGUUAUUGCUGCAGCUGCAGGGUCCAUCUGGAUUGUUGGCAGAGUGUUGUAUGCCUUGGGAUACUAUACUGGGGAUCCAGCAAAGAGAAGCCGUGGAGCAAUUGGUUACAUUGGAUUGUUGGCACUUCUGGGUUGUACUGUUCAUCUUGCCUUAUCACUGCUUGGUAUUGCAUAAAUUAUGGGUCAGCUGUCCAGGUGUACUUGAGUAUGAACUACAUACAACUGUAGUUAUUAGAUAAUGGAAAACAUAAUGAAGUUGUAAAAUAUUAUCUGAACAUUUAAUCAGGUACUAUCCAAGAUUGUUUUUUAUAUUUUAGACAGAAUAUAACACAAUGUUAUUCUUUUUUAAUUUUGAAAGUGGUGUUAUGUAGCAUUUUGAUGCAGAAUAAUACAAUUAAGGGUUUUUAUAGCUUCCUUUUUUCUUUAUUCUUCUAAGCCAUCAGCUUACCAAUUUCCAAUUUUAAAUACUUACAAAUGUGUGUACCAUAAUUUUCUUUACUCUGUUAAAAGAUUUGUGCAUUCCUUAAAUUUUCCUUUUGUGUAAAAUGCAUUUUUAAACUAUGAACAAUAAUUAAAAAGGAUGGAACAUGUCUUUGACCACACUGGGAGCUACAAAAAAAAAAAAAGAAAUUAUGACAGUAGCCAUCUUUUAUUAUAGCCUUUGAAGUAAUUGUUUCAUUUUCUUUUAUACUUACAUUUUAUAUAAUUUGUGUAGAAAAUGAAAAUAAAAAUUUCUCCUGAUAUGCACGGUUAGUAUUCUGAACUUCAGAUCAGAUGCAUGCCAUUUCUUCAUUUUUGGAUCUCCAUAUGUGCACUCCAAUCAUUCCAGUAGCAGGCAUAUUGUGGGAAUUUGAAAUUGAAAAAGCAGGCCUGCACUAAGUCUGAGACUCAGACCAAGAGCUAGAUACCUGGUUGUAAAUUCUUCAGAUAUGUAUGAACUUGGCUGAAAGCAGAUAUUUUGUGUUAUUACCCAACUUGUGCAUUUGAAGCUGUUUUAACAAUCAUUAAAAAUUAUAAAAGCAUGCUCUUUAGCUUCAGUAUUAGUAUGUCUACCUCACAGUGUUAGGCUCCUCACAGGGUAGUACUAAUCAAGUGUGUUUUAAGGACGUAUUGAUAGAAGCACAAAUUAAUUGAAAAUUUUUAGAAAACAUAACUUGUAAACAUUAUCUAGAUGCAUUUUGUAUACUUGUUAUCAUUCUAUAUUGAUUAGGCUACCUUCAGGUAACAGCCAUGUCAUGUAUUAAGCACUGAUAAGUGCUGUACAGUGGUUAUAAUGCCAUUUGUCUUCUGUGUGACAAAUAAAAAGUAUAAAAAAGUA